AUGAAGACCAUUGCGUUGAUCUGUAUGUUCGCAGCCGCAGCUUCAGGUUCCUUCAUUCAUAUGACCACGCCUGCACCCCUGACCACACCUCCACCGAACUACAGGAGAGGCCCUUCGAUCAUCCUCCAGAACACGAACAAAGUUGUCGACGAGCCCGCCCUCCCACCAGCUGCCCUCCCACCAGCUGCCCUCCCGGAAGCUGAAGUGCUUCUUCCACCCGUGGCUCCUCUCUUGCCUCCUCCCGUCGUUCCCGUCGCACCAGCGCCAAUCGCCCCUCUCGCUGUGCUCCUACCGCCAGUGGCUCCCGUGGUGGUGAAACAGCCCGUGUUAGAAGAUAUUCAGAUCGCAGGAGUUAUUCACUAA